ACUCUACUGACGAUUAUGGAUUUCUCGGACACGGUGAGAGAACUUUUGAGUGCCAAAGCACGGGAAUCCGGCGAUGAUUCGUCUUGGGCGGUUUUGUGCGGUGGUUUGUUGCAAGAGGAAAGCCAUAAUUUGUCAACUCUGGAUGAAUUGUCGCUUCACUUGUAUCAAUGCAUACAGUCUUGUGUAAGUUCAAAAGUGCCAAAGGACUCGCGGUUUGACAAGGGAAUUUUGGAACGACCCUUUUAUCUGGCAUUGGUCGAAAUGUUAAAAACAUGUUUUGAAAAUGGCGGAGAAUUUCCACAGAGCGUAAAACAGAGUAAAUUAUUUCUGCUCGAAAACACCAACCUGCAGAGAUUGAAAGAAAUCGAAGAAGAGAUGAAGCGAAUUUUAGACUUAUGGAACGUCUUUCCUAACGUUUUUGACCAUUGGCAUAAAGAUACGCUUGAUGAUUAUCUCUUUAAGUUUCUGACGCCCAGAGACCUUAACACGUUUUUGGGGCUUCGAACAACCACGGGAUCAGCUACGGAUCUCCCGCCGUCAUUGAUCGAAUGCAUCGACUCUUUCACUCGUCGUCACGUUAAACGAGUUCGACCAAAUAUUGUCAAUACUCUUACUGUUGGCGCCAAGGCUUUCUCUAAACAUUCCCAUAGAGAUGUGUCCAACUCUUUUUGGGGAGUUUGCACUGGAUGUGAGUCUGAUUCCCAGUCAUUAUUGUCGAGUGUUUUCUUCAAUCACCUUCCUUACCAUAGACAAACUUGUGAAUCUGUGAAUUUAAUAGCUGAAAAACAGAAAAAUGAGCAAGCCAAUCAAAUAUUGGCUAAAGUUAUAACAGAUGCGGCAUGGAUUAAUCUACAUUCACUUCCGCAUGAAACACGGGUUUUUGAGGUGCGUAAUUCCAGAGGGUACGGCGCACGUUGGGAAAUUCAACCAUCUCAGUCACAAUCGGAAGGGGAUAGUGGCAUUGAAAAUUCUCCCUCAGAAGAUCAAAGGAAUCGUAACAGAACGAUAGUGUUUCGUGGUUUCUUAGAACCCCAAAUGGAAGAUGGUCAUGAGAAAGGGUGGAUUCAUUGA